GAGCUUGUACCAAAAAAAAAUAAAAAUAAGCAGCAGCGUGAAUGAGGGAGAUGAGAGAUUGAGAGAGAGAGAGAGAGAGAGUCCUGUGUCCAGCUAGCUAUACGUAGUUUGGACUCAUACAGACUCCUUUUUCUAUACGUUAUUACUAUUCAUUCAUUUUUAUUACGAGCUCUCCUCUUUUUUCUCCUUAAUUCUUCAUUCUCUUUUAAAUUAUUUUAUUAAUAAUCAGAAACGAGAGAAAGUAAAAGCAAAACACAAACAAAAAGCGAUUCUCGUUUCUCACUCACUUGGACCAAUUUUCAAUCCCCAAACAGAAUCUAAGAUUCAUUCACUCACUCACUCUUACGAUUAUAUGUACAAAAGUGGCUUCCUCGAGUGUGAAUCCCUUGGAGGUAGCUUUCAGAAAUAGCUACAGAUGAUAAUUUUAACAGAGCUGAUUGAAACUUUACAUUGAUUCUGAGUUCUACCGCUACCUACCUGCCGUAGGUGGUGAUGCACUCUGCGGUAAUGCUUAAGUACCUCUGGUGCUGCAUUCUAUUGGGAUAUUAUAUAUCGUGCCUUUCUCUUAGUACAGGACAGCAUUUGAAUAGUAGUACCGGCUUACAAGUCUUGUUGGGUCACACUGAGUCACUUAUCAGUGAUGGUUCUCAACUCGAUGAUUUUGCAUUUGCUGAAAAAACAUCAACUUUGUCAGUCCCAUCGAAUGAGUCUGUUUCUUGUGAGGACUUGGAAGGUGUAGGAUCUUUUAAUACAACAUGCUUGCUAAGCUCAACUCAUUAUUUGAAAUCAGAUAUUGUCGCAUAUGGUUCUGGAAACCUGGAGAUACUUUCCCAUGUUUCACUUUUAUGUCCUGUAGAAGGGUGCAUGAUAUCAGUCAAUGUGUCUGGCAGCAUCAAACUUGGUCAAAAUGCAUCUAUCGUUGCUAGUUCUGUUAGUUUAUAUGCCGCCAAUGUGACUAUGGGUUACAGUUCUUCUAUAAACUCAUCAUCUUUGGGUGGGCUGCCACCUUCCCAAACUAGCGGCACACCUGUUGAUAAUGAAGGAGCUGGUGGAGGGCAUGGUGGACGUGGUGCAUCUUGUAAAAAAACCAAUACGACAAACUGGGGUGGUGAUGUUUAUUCAUGGUCUUCGUUGUCUGAGCCAUGGAGCUACGGGAGCAAGGGUGGUGGAAAAUCUAAAAUAAAAUACGGAGGGAAUGGUGGGGGACGUAUUAAGGUUAUAGUGGAGGACACUAUAUAUGUAAAUGGGUCUAUUACUGCAGAGGGAGGAGAUGGAGGGUAUGAUGGGGGAGGUGGUUCCGGUGGAAGUAUAUUAUUACAUGCCGUAAAGUUGAAGGGAUAUGGUAAUAUCAGUGCAGCUGGUGGGACGGGAUGGGGUGGAGGCGGUGGAGGGAGAAUAUCACUUGAUUGUUACAGCAUACAAGAAGAUUUGAAGAUUACUGUCCACGGUGGUUCGAGUAUUGGCUGUACUGGUAAUUCUGGAGCAGCUGGCACAUAUUUCAAUGCAAAUUUACUAAGUUUGAGAAUCAGCAAUGACAAUGUCUCAACAGAAACAGAAACUCCUUUGCUUGACUUCUCAACCAGCCCUUUAUGGUCAAAUGUUUAUGUGGAAAAUAAGGCAAAAGUUUUGGUUCCACUUGUUUGGUCCAGAGUUCAGGUAAGAGGCCAAAUUAGUGUAUAUAGUGGAGGAAGCUUAAUCUUUGGGCUGUCCGACUAUCCAAUUUCUGAAUUUGAGCUUGUUGCUGAAGAGCUUUUGUUGAGUGAUUCUAUCGUAAAGGUUUAUGGUGCAUUUAGAGUUUCUGUUAAAAUAAUACUUAUGUGGAACUCCACAUUGCAAAUUGAUGGUGGUAGAAGUACUGCUGUGUCUGCUUCAAUACUUGAAGUGAGAAAUCUGGCUGUCCUAAGGCAACGUUCUGUCAUUAGUUCAAAUACAAACUUGGGCUUAUAUGGUCAGGGACUGCUACAAUUGACUGGUGAUGGUGAUGCAAUCAAAAGCCAGCGACUGUCCUUGUCUCUCUUCUAUAAUGUAACUGUUGGUCCAGGUUCCUUACUUCAAGCUCCUUUGGAUGAUGAUGCUAGUAGAGGCACGGUGACAAAACAUCUUUGUGACACACAGAGAUGCCCAAUAGAUUUGAUAACUCCACCUGACGACUGUCAUGUCAAUUAUACACUAUCCUUCUCACUUCAAAUUUGUCGCGUUGAAGAUCUUGUUGUAUAUGGCAUUAUGAAGGGAAGCAUAAUUCAUAUUCACAGGGCAAGGACUGUGGUUGUCGAUACUGAUGGUAUGAUAACGGCAUCUGAAUUAGGUUGCACUGAAGGCAUUGGUAAGGGGAACUUUUUGAAUGGAUCUGGCGGUGGUGCUGGACAUGGUGGAAGAGGAGGAGCUGGAUAUUUCAAAGGGAUAAUGAGUGUUGGUGGUAAUGAAUAUGGAAAUGCUAUUCUUCCAUGUGAAUUGGGAAGUGGAACUAAGGGCCCUAAUGAGUCAUAUGGGCAUGUUGCUGGAGGAGGGAUGAUUGUUAUGGGAUCCAUUCAGUGGCCACUUAUGAGGCUUGAUCUUUAUGGAUCCUUGAGGGCCGAUGGUGAAAGCUUUAGCAAAGCAAUAACAAGCAGUGAUGGUUCUUUGGUUGGUGGUCUUGGUGGAGGUUCUGGUGGAACGGUCCUUCUUUUCCUUCAAGAAUUCAGGCUUUUGGAGAGUUCCUCCUUAUCUAUUGUUGGCGGUAAUGGUGGCUCCCUUGGUGGUGGUGGUGGAGGAGGAGGUCGAGUUCAUUUCCAUUGGUCAAGAAUUGGUAUGGGGGAAGAAUAUGUUCCUGUUGCAAGUAUUAGUGGCACCAUGAACUAUAGUGGCGGUGCUGGUGACAAUGGUGGCUUUCAUGGACAGGAGGGUACCAUAACUGGGAAAGCAUGUCCUAAAGGCCUGUAUGGAAUCUUCUGCGAGGAAUGUCCUGUUGGUACUUAUAAAGAUGUCGAUGGUUCUGAUGAACAUCUUUGCAUUCCUUGUCCUCUUGAUCUUCUUCCAAAUCGUGCAAAUUUCAUAUAUAAACGAGGGGGGGUUACACAGAAUUCUUGUCCAUAUAAAUGUAUAUCGGAUAAGUAUGGAAUGCCGAAUUGCUAUACACCUCUGGAGGAGCUAAUUUAUACAUUUUGGGGUCCCUGGCCAUUUUCAGUAAUGUUGUCAUUCAUUUUAUUGCUUUUGGCUCUGCUACUCAGUACUUUGAGAAUCAAGUUGAUUGGUUCUGGUUCAUAUCAUAGUUCGAGUUCAAUUGAACACCAUAAUCAUCACAGUUUUCCACAUCUCCUUUCUCUUUCUGAGGUGCGUGGAGCCAGAGCGGACGAAACUCAAAGUCAUGUACACAGAAUGUACUUUAUGGGUCCUAAUACUUUCAGAGAACCCUGGCAUCUUCCUUACUCACCUCCCCAUGCUAUAAUUGAAAUUGUGUAUGAGGAUGCUUUUAAUAGAUUUAUUGAUGAGAUCAAUUCUGUUGCUGCAUAUGAUUGGUGGGAAGGUUCGGUGCACAGUAUACUUUCAGUUGUGGCAUAUCCUUGUGCCUGGUCUUGGAAGCAUUGGCGGCGAAGAGUCAAAAUUGGUCGCCUUCAGGAAUAUGUCAAGUCUGAAUAUGACCAUUCUUGUCUACGCUCCUGUCGAUCCCGUGCUUUGUAUAAAGGGAUGAAGGUUGGGGCAACUCCAGAUUUAAUGGUAUCAUACAUUGAUUUUUUCCUUGGUGGUGAUGAGAAGAGAUUAGACAUUGUAUCAAUUAUACAGAAGAGAUUCCCCAUGUGCAUAAUUUUUGGUGGGGAUGGGAGCUAUAUGGAGCCUUACAAUCUUUACAGUGAUACACUGUUGACAAACCUCCUUGGCCAGCAUGUCCCAGCAACUGUUUGGAAUCGCUUGGUAUCUGGACUAAAUGCUCAGUUACGGACAGUGAGGCAUGGAUCAAUUCGUACUGCACUAGGUCCUGUUAUUGAUUGGACAAAUAGCCAUGCAAACCCCCAACUUGAGUUCCACGGAGUUAAAAUUGAGCUUGGAUGGUUCCAAGCAACAGCUUCUGGUUACUAUCAGCUGGGUGUUGUGGUAGCAGUUGGGGAAUAUUCUCUUCAUGGUUUGCACCAGUCUGAUACUUGGGUUGGUACUGAUGAAGCUAUGAGGAAAAAUGUGGCACAUGGAAGAAAGAAUCUUCAGCAGCUACAGCACAACUUGCCAUACAUGAGCAAUUCAUUGUCUCUUAAAAGGAUAACUGGAGGCAUUAAUGGUGGCCUGAUAAAUGAUGCUACCUUAAGAUCAUUGGAUUUCAAAAAAGACUUUCUGUUCCCACUUUCACUGCUGUUGUGCAAUACUAGACCUGUUGGUCGUCAGGAUACUGUGCAACUGCUAAUUACUUUGAUGCUUUUAGCUGAUCUUUCGGUCACUGUCCUCAUGUUGCUUCAGUUCUACUGGAUUUCUCUUGCAGCGUUUCUUUCUGUUUUACUAAUCCUUCCUCUUUCUCUACUCUCUCCAUUUCUUGCCGGUUUGAAUGCUUUAUUUAGUAAAGAACCUAGAAGAGCUUCACUUUCUCGAGUUUAUGCGCUGUGGAAUGCUACUUCUCUGUCUAAUAUUGGAGUGGCUUUUAUUUGUUGCCUCCUUCAUUAUACAUUAACCCACAUUCACUACCCUGAUGAGGCAAGUACUAGGAAUGUUAAGAGGGAAGAUGAUAAAUGUUGGCUUUUGCCCACCAUCCUUUUUCUAUUCAAGUUGGUACAAGCCCGUUUUGUCAGUUGGCAUAUAGCGAAUCUGGAAGUCCAGGAUUUUUCUCUAUUUUGUCCUGAUCCAGAUGCCUUUUGGGCUCAUGAAUCUGGUUUAUAACAGAAAAACAUUAGAAUGCGAACAUCCAUAAGGAGGCUUUAUUUAGCGUGAUCGUAAGGUUGUAGCUGCCUUGCCGUGUGAAUAUUCUCAGGAGAUGUACAGGAUACUACAGUUUCUGCAUUUUUUGGUUCCUUGUAAAAAAGAAAAGGCCUAGAUUCAGGGUAGUAGUUUUUGUUUUUAAGGGUGGUCGCCAUUUCCUUGUGUAUUUAAAUCUCUAUUUUUUGUGAAGCAUUUUUUGACGUACACUACCAAAAAAUUAACGAGUAAAUUAGAAUUUUGAUUUAAGGGUCAGACAAUUAAGCUCUCGAAUUUAUAAAAUAAAAAUUUAGCCUGAA